AAUCUAAAUAUUAAUAUUUAAUGAGAUGGGUUUUUAAAAUUUUAAAUUGAGUUUUCAUUAAAUAAAACAAUGUAAUUUAAGGGUGGAUUUAAAAAAUAGAAAAAAACCAUGAGAGAGAGAGGAAGAGAGAGAGUGAGAGGGGUUCGCGGCGGACGACGGGCACGGGCAUCAGAGACGACACUGAGCUGGGAGUGGGUAGGAUCAGGCAGAAGAGGCCAACAACAGAGGUCAGAGGUGGAGAGACGAGGACAAUGGCAACCUGAGAGAAAACAGGGUCGAGGGAACCAGAAAGAAAGAUCGUAUGAUGAGGGUCUUUAUAAUCAAACCACCCCAUAUUUCUUCACCAACUUCCCGGAGCAUUGGUCUUAUGCGGAUAUGUGGAGAACUUUCUUACAUUAUGGGAGGGUGUUUGAUAUUUAUUGUCCAAACAGGAGAAGCAGGAAUGGAACCAGGUUUGGGUUCGUAAGGUUUUUGGAAGUUAAGGACAGAAAGGAGUUGGAACGGAAACUGGACCAGAUCUGGGUUAAUGACAUGAAGUUAUGGGUUAACAGUCCGAGGUAUGAUGUUGAAAAGAUCAGAAGCAAGCAGAGAAGAAUCAGCGGGGAAGGGACAUCUCAGUUGCAAGCUCAUAAUUAUGUUGAGGCCAGGGAAGAAAAAAUCAGUGGAGAAAGGAUGCCUCAGAAGCAAAAAAGAAGUUAUGCUGAGGUGGUGAAAGAUAAUCAGAGGAAAAGAUUUUGUGAAGAAGAUAACACCCAAAAUCAGUCAAUCCAGGAAAGAAGUAAUAGCAGAAUCAGAUUCGGGCCUCAUAAUAGGGAGCCAAGGAAAAGAUGGCAGGAGAAAGGAAGGAGAGAAGACUGGGUAGGGAUGGAAUACAAUAUUAAUCCGGAAGAAUAUUCAUGGCUCAAAGGGUGUUAUGUGGGCACAGUGUACUCAAUAGAUAUGGUCCGGAAUUUACAAGAGAAAUUUUACAUGGAAGGGUAUUUUUCUUGUAAAAUCGUUGCGAUGGGAGGAAGAUUAGUCUUAUUGGACUGUGAGGACAAGGAGGAACUUAAGGAUCUGGUGGAGAUGGCAGCAGAAUGGCUAGGGCAAUGGUUUGAAAAAGUGUGCCCUUGGACACCAGAAACAGUUGCCAAUGAGAGAUUCGUAUGGAUGAGAUGUCAAUGGGCACCGCUGAACGUCUGGGGAGCUGAUUUCUUUCAAAAAAUGGGCAGUUCGUGGGGGAAAUUCAUAUGCUUGGAUGAUAGUACAAGCAAAAAGAAGAGAUUUGACAUUGCUAGAUUUUUAAUAUCCACCCCGAUUUCAAACUCAAUCUCAGUUUUGAGGCGAAUCAAGAUUAACGGGAUCAUUUACAACAUUAAAUUCACUGAGGAAGAGUUCACUAAUAGCUUCUUUUCGUUGAAGCAAGACUUUAUGCCUUCUUUCCAAAGUGAUUCAGAGGAACAGGAGAUGUGGUCAACGGAGAGUGAAAUGGAAGAGCAGAAUCCCGAAAAUGCAGGGGAUGAGAUGCAGGAGGAAGUCGAAGGUUACCAGGAAGAAGAUGAUGACGUGGUAAGAAGCUGUGGGAAAAAGGUGAGAACGGCUCAAAGCCAAAAAAAGACAGCAAUGUCAGAAAUCAGUAGAAUCGGUGGAAGACAGCUUGCAACAAAUUCAAAAUUUGAAAAUAGUGGGAAGAAACGGAGGGGCAGAGACGGAGAGCAAAUAUCAAGGGAAGCUGUCAUCAGCAAUGAGCCCGAAAGGGGAGAAUGGGGCGGAAGCAGCUUGGGGGUAAUUGAAUCAAAAGCAAAGGGUAUUAUGGAUUUUUCCAGAGUUGAAGACUCUGCAGAGGAUAACACCGAGGAAGAUGCAGAUCUGGUCUGGAAAGGAUAUGUGAGUGAAAGUGGAAGCAUGCAGAGAGGGAAGAGUAAGCUAAGCGAAGGAAUCACCAAAAGGAAGGGCCAACGGGUAAGAAAUUGCAGCUCUGUCUAUUUAAAUACACAUGAAAUGGACAGGGUAAGAGGGAGAAGCCGAGGCCGAGGCAGGGGUAAGCAGAUCGGAUUGUCGAGGGUGAGGAGUUCAAUGCCAGAUUUUGAGCCAAACCCGAACGGGAAAGUUGCAGGAGAUUCUGUAGGUGAUUCCGAGAUUCAUCAGCGCAACAAGGCUCUAAAGAAGAAGUUGCAGAUCGGAUUUGCCAAAGAAAUAUGGGAGCUUGCAAAGCAAUUGGGGGCAACGACGGAGGAUGAGGAGGAGAUAAUUCGGAGGAUUGAAGAGAUGGAGAACAGAGAUAGACAAGGAAAAGUGACCGAGGGAAACCAAAAGGAAAUCGGUAGCAAGAAGGAGGAAACUCCAGUAUGCAUUUUAAACAUUUAUUCCCCUUGCCAUUUAACGGGAAAGAGAGAAUUAUGGGAGGAACUGUAUAACCUGAUUAUAAGCAAAAAAGGGUGCUGGUGCUUGUCAGGAGAUUAUAAUUCAGUUAGAAGAGUAGAGGAAAGGGCAGGGUGUCAUGGGGUGUCCAGAGAAAUGAAGGAAUUUGAUGAGUUUAUUUUGAGAUCCGAAUUGAUUGAUUUGCCUUUGGUGGGAAGGAAGUUUACUUGGUACAACUCCAAUGGUAAGCAGAUGAGUAGAAUAGAUAGAUUCCUGGUUUCAGAAGACUGGAUUGCCAAAUGGAGUGAUAUUAAGCAGUGGGGGUUAAGGAGAACAGUAUCAGAUCAUUGCCCAAUCCUAUUGAAGAAUGAAAAGGUAGAUUGGGGCCCAAAACCUUUCAAAUUCUUCGACAGCUGGCUGGAACAACCAGGAUGCAAAGAGCUAGUUACAAAUUCGUGGAAAUCCACAGAAGUAAAGGGGUGGAGGGGCUUUAUUCUUAAAGAAAAAUUGCAGAGAACAAAGAAAGUCCUGAAGGAGUGGAGUGCUAAAUCGGUGACUGAGAUGGACAAAAGAAUAAAGGAUGCUGAAAACAUGAUAGCCGAGAUAGAUGAGAAAGGAGAGAUCAAUCAACUAGCCACAGAUGAGAUUGAGUUGAGGAGAAAUAGCUUUCUUGAAUUAUGGAAGAAUUUAAGAAUCAAGGAGAGGAUGUCGCAACAAAAAUCAAGAAAGAUGUGGCUAAAAGAAGGAGAUGCGAACACAAGAUUCUUUCACAGUUGCAUCCAAGGAAGGAGGAGAAGAAGUGAAAUUAACUCCAUACAGAUAGAUGGUGAGCAGUUCACUGGAGUGACAAAAAUUAAAGAAGAGGUGGCGAGGUAUUUCCAAUCAUUAUUCUCAGAAGAAGGAUGGAAGAGACCAAAGUUAGAUGGGGUCAGUUUCAAACAGAUAUCGCAAGAGGAUAACGAGCUUCUCACGAAAGGAUUUUCAGAGGAGGAAGUAAAAGAAGCAAUAUGGGAUUGUGAUUCUGCCAAAUCUCCAGGCCCAGAUGGAUUUAAUUUUAGAUUCAUUAAGGAAAUGUGGGAAGUUAUAAAGCCGGAGGUAGUUGCUUUCAUUCAGGAGUUUCACAAACAUGGUAGAAUUGUCCGUGGAGCCAAUGCAUCCUUCGUUGUGUUAAUCCCAAAGACAGAAAACCCCCAGAGAAUUGAAGAGUAUAGACCCAUUUCUCUUAUAGGGGUCAUGUACAAGAUCAUAGCAAAGCUGUUAGCGAACAGGCUGCGAAAGGUGCUAACCAAAGUCAUCGGGGAGCAGCAGAUGGCUUUUAUUGGGGGUAGACAACUAGUAGAUGGGGUUAUCAUUGCAAAUGAAGUCAUAGAUGAGGUUAAAAGGAAGAAGAAGAGUUGCUUCAUUUUUAAAGUAGACUUUGAGAAAGCCUAUGACAAAGUAUGUUGGGAAUUUUUGGAUUACAUGAUGAUGCGGUUGGGAUUUAAUGAAACAUGGAGGAGAUGGAUAUCGGAGUGCCUAAAGUCAAGUUCGGUUUCUGUUCUUAUAAAUGGUAGUCCAACGAGCCAAUUCUCGGUUAGCAAAGGCAUACGACAAGGUGACCCGUUAUCGCCAUUUCUUUUCUUGAUAGUGGCAGAAGGAUUGAAUGGCUUAAUGACCUCGGCAGUGGAAAAAGAAAUUUAUAAAGGAGUGAGGGUAGGGAAUGAAGGUGUCAUGGUGUCACAUCUACAAUUCGCGGAUGACACGGUAUUCUUCGGGGAGGCAUCGGAAGAUAACAUAAGAGUGGUGAAGACUGUUUUGAGGAUCUUCGAGUUGGCUUCAGGACUUAAGAUCAAUUUCAGGAAAAGCCAUGUGAUGGGGGUGGGAGUAGCAGAGAGUUGGCAAACAGAAAUGGCAUAUAGAUUGCACUGUAAAGAAGGAGAACUCCCAUUUAAAUAUCUGGGAAUCCCAAUAGGGGGGAACAACAGAAGGAAAGCAAUGUGGCAACCAAUGAUACAAGCAGUUGAGAGGAAACUAGCCAGCUGGAAGGGCAGAUACCUUUCUAUGGGAGGUCGUAUCACGCUCAUCAAUUCAGUGUUGUCUUCCUUGCCCGUGUUCCUAAUGUCAGCCUACGUAAUUCCAAAAGGUACACUCCUAUCAAUAGAUAAAAUACGUAGACGUUUUUUAUGGGGCGGGGGGGCGGAGGAGAGGAAAAUAAAUUGGGUAAGUUGGAGGGAUGUAUGUAAAAGUAAAGAUGAGGGAGGGCUGGGAGUGAGAGUUUUGAGGAAGUUUAAUUUGGCAUUGAUGGGGAACUGGUGGGGACGGUUAGCAAAAAUGGAGGAAGGACUAUGGAUGAAAAUAAUAUCAGCGAAAUAUGGUAUGGGUGGGAAGCAUUGGAUGGAUUGGAUUAAAGAUAACAAUGGAAGGGGAUCCUUAUGGUGGAGAGAUGUGUGUUGCCUAGAUAGAGUGAAUGAGGAGAGUGUAGGAUGGCUGUCGGAGGGUUUUAGAAUGAAAAUUGGGGACGGAAAUUCAGCAAGCUUUUGGUGGGAUGAUUGGGGAGGGGAGGGUUGCCUUGCUAACAAAUUUCCUAGGUUGUAUAUUCUAUCAACAGGAAAGGAGAAAACAUGCAAUCAAAUGGGUAACUUAAGGAGUGGAUCGUGGAAAUGGAAGUUAUCAUGGAGGAGAAAUCUUUUCGAAUGGGAAGAUGAAGAGGUCGUCGAUCUAGAAAGAAUGAUAGAGGGCACUAAGAUUACUCAAGGCAGACCUGACAAGUGGGAAUGGAUUCACGACAAGGAAAGGCAAUACUCAUCAAAAUCAGCAUACCACAUAUUAGCAACUGAUCAAAGCGGACCUAAUGGAUCUACAAUUUUUAAAAGAACAUGGAACACAACACUCCCGACCAAAGUAUCAGCUUUCAACUGGCAGUUAAUGUUGGAUAGAAUACCAACCAAGGUGAAUUUGUUGAAAAGAGGGAUUAUUAAAGACAUGGAGGAGAGUAAGUGUGUUGUAUGUGAAGAACAAGAAGAGGACUCAGCACAUCUAUUCUUAAGGUGCAAGCUGACUCGAUGGCUGUGGGAAGCAUGCGCCCAAUGGUGGGGGGCCGAGGCAAAACUCGAUAUCGACUGUUUAAAGACAUUUGAAAAAUUUGGAGAUUGGAGCAAAGAGGCACGAACAAGACAAGGAUGGGAUUGCCUAUGGAGCACGGUUGUGUGGACUGUGUGGCUUGCUCGCAAUCAGAAAAUUUUCCAGCAUAAAGAGAUAAGUGCGAGGAAGUUGUUCGAAUUAAUUCAAUUGAGAUCUUUCAUAUGGAUUAAAGCAAAAAAUGACAGGUAUGCCUUCACUCUUUCUGAUUGGCUUCUCAAUCCUGUUGAUUGCAUAAAGGUUAGUUGUAGAAGGAGGAAAGCCAUCAAAGGCAAAGCCGGAUGUAAUGUAAUGGCUUCUUGAUUGCUUUAUUAGUAUCUACGGUAGGUAGUUGGAAAUAGAAUCUUGUGCUUUGAUUGGUAGGAUAUUAAUUACUGUUUUGAGGAUGUUGUUGGACAUUCUUCACUGUAGGUUCAUUGGAAGCAUUGAGCAAAUAACUGACUCUACUUGGAAUAAAGAUAGAGUCAGUAG